AUGGUGGAGGACUCUUUAUCUGGCCAGCUUCUCUACAUGAUGGUGGUGGUGCGUGAGGGUCAGUCGGUCCAGAUGAACUGUUCAUUUGGCGUAAAGGAGACGGGAUUCACCUCAGUCACCUGGCUGAGACAGACCAACCAGUCCACUCCAGUGUCCAUCCUCACAGCUUUCUACAACUACCAGAAGAAUAAUGCAAGCAACGCAAAUUACCACAAUGGAUUCAGCAGCAAACGCUUCACAUGGACUAUAGUGGCCAACAGCAUCUACACGUUACAGAUCAGAGAUGUGAGUGUGUCUGACUCUGGACUUUACUACUGUGGGAGGCAGCCUGGGGACCACAUGGUCUAUUACAAUGCCACCUACUUAACCAUCACAGAUCAGACUGACGCUGAACCUACAGAGAAAGUAAAGGAGGAAGGUUCUCUUCCUGCGGGACGGUUCUGCAGUGGGGUGUGUGGAACCGUGGUUCUAGUCCUGGGGGUUCUCAGCGCUGUUCUCAAUGUGGUGCUGUUCAUCCUGAUCCUGACCAAACACAGAGGUGGACUCAGACAGAACACGGAGUCCAGUGGUCAGGCUCACUCUCCUCCUGCCCAGGUUCAGGAUUCAGACUCUAUGAACUAUGCAGCUUUGACCUUCUCUGGCAAGAAGAAGAAAAGAAGCAACUUUAACCUCCAGACCGACAACCCACACACGUCAUAUACGCUGCCACUAGAUAAACAGCAUAUGUACCAACCCACACGUCAUAUACGCUGCCACUAGAUAAACAGCAUAUGUACCAACCCACACGUCAUAUACGCUGCCACUAGAUAAACAGCAUAUGUACCAACCCACACGUCCUAUACGCUGCCACUAGAUAAACACCAUAUUUACCAGAAAACACACACAUCUCUUUCUGAAACACACAUUGGUGGAUGUAUGUGUUAAUGUUUUGUUAUUUU